UCUUCGUACCAGAUACGUCAGAGGAUGCUGGACAUCUCCGGGGACCGAGGCGUGCUGAAGGAUGUCAUCCGGGAGGGCUCCGGGGAGCUGGUGACCCCUGAUGCGUCGGUGCUCAUGAAAUACUCUGGAUACCUGGAACAUAUGGACAAGCCUUUUGACUCGAAUUACUGCAGGAAAACGCCGAGACUCAUGAAACUGGGGCAUGACAUCACUCUGUGGGGCAUGGAGUUGGGCCUCCUGAGCAUGCGCAAGGGGGAGCUGGCCCGGUUCCUCUUCACGCCACCUUAUGCCUACGGCGCCAUGGGCUGCCCCCCACUGAUCCCCCCGAACAGCACCGUCCUCUUCGAGAUCGAGCUGCUUGACUUUCUGGACUCAGCGGAGUCGGACAAGUUCUGUGCGCUUUCAGCUGGCCAACAAGACCAGUUCCCGCUCCAGAAGGUGCUGAAGGUGGCGGCCACCGAGCGUGAGUUUGGCAACUAUCUGUUCCGCCAGAACCGCUUCUACGACGCCAAAAAGAGAUACAAACGGGCCCUCCAGCUGUUGCAACGUCGCUCAGCACCUCCUGGGCAGCAGCACCUGGUUGAGUCAGCCAAGCUGCUGGUCCUCUUGAACCUGUCCUUCACCUACCUGAAGCUGGAUCAGCCACCCAAGGCCCUGCGCUAUGGCGAGCAGGCACUGACCAUCGACCACAGGAAUGCCAAGGCCCUGUUCCGUUGCGGGCAGGCCUGUCACCUCAUGACCGAGUACCAGAAGGCCCGGGAUUUCCUGGUGCGAGCACAGAAGGAGCAGCCAUUCAACCACGACAUCAACAACGAGCUGCUCAAACUGGCCAGCUCAUACCAGGACUACGUGGACAAGGAGAAAGACAUGUACCACCGAAUGUUCGCCCCAUGUGACCAGGAUGCCGGCGGGUCGGAGAACUGA